AUGCAAAUUCGAGAUCUUUCGAGACAAGCUCACCCAAUUGUGGACCGUGGUGGCAUCGACGGCUGUUGUCGACCGUCCUCUUCCGAAACCUCCGCCGCAACGCGUAAGCAAAAGGAGAACUGGGUCUCUGAAUGUGUUGUUUUGGUUGAAGAAGACCGAUGGCUGUUUGCUGGGAGAGGCGGAUUUCUGAGAUGGACAUGUCCAUAUUUGGCGUUAUAUCUGGGUUGGGAAUGGCAGGACGUGUUCAUUUUUGCACUGGUUUCCCUUUGCGAGGAAUAUUUCUCUCAUGCCUUCCCACUCUCAUGGGAAACACGGCCAGCAGUUGGAUCUCAGUGGGGAUUCUACGGACACGAGACUCCUACGAGUCCUAGUUGCCUCAUGUGCACUGAUGCGACAACAACGCGGUCCAAAAUAUACCAAGAACCUUUAGAUACGAAGAGAUUCAAAAUGGCUCUGAAAGUUUCUGUUAAGGUUUCCGGUUUUUCUGGGAUAGAUCGGGUUUCUCCGGAUCAAAUCGAUAUAUUUGCCAAUUUCCGGCCAUCUCCCCUGUUCAGAUCGGGCUCCACCGAUCCAUUUGGCCAUUUUUUAGGGUCGAUUUUCACUGGGAUUCAUCCGUUGGCGACGUGUGAAAUGACCGUCGACAGCGUGCAAAUAUAA